AUGUCAAGAACUUUACUAAGACCACCAGCACCAACACCGGCUCUACCGCCGCCUUUGACCGAGUCAGCGGUAUCAUCGCAAUCCACUUCUCAACCAAUUGCUAUACAGAUCAAGCUAAACAAUGACAUACUAGAUAAGUUAAAACUAAUACCACCUUCAAACUCAGACCCAACUCCACACUCGUCAACUCCCAACACCUCCACCACAGUAAACCACGCAUCUUUGAAACUCGUAGUCAAAAACGGCAACUAUGUAUUUAAAAUUGGCCAGGAUCAAGAGUAUCCAUGUAUUAAAUUGCCCGAACCUUCCAAGGUUGAAUACCAUCCCGGAUCAUCCACACUACUGAAGAAAGCGGUAACCACUACUCGACUAACAGUUGUCACUGAUCCCCGAAGGAUCAAACAACUACAAUCACAAGCCAUUGCCAACAAUCCACAGACUGAUACCUUACCCACUUCUGCUCAUACCAUUAGAAAUACUUCAAAUACUACAAAUACUACAAAAACUACAAAUACUACAAGUUCCGCUAGAGGUACUAUUUAUUCACCAAGUCCGCGAUUCGGAGGCAACAUUUCACGAAGUUUCACACCAAGCGCAUCACCUUUACCAACAAAAACGACAUUCAUUAGGCCCAGAUACAGUACAUUAGACAUAUACGGUAACAAUGCUGGCCAAAUCAAACAGGCACACAAUCCAUUCAAGAUUGAGUCUGAUGAUUCUCAGGCAACUAUAUUGCAAAAAUUCAUGCAUUUACUUUCCCUCGGGCCGAUAUCCCGGCAGAGUAUUAUCCAAUUGAUGAACUACGAUGAGGUGGUGGAUCUGCUACUGCCGACACUUUUAGAUCAGUUUUUACUGAGUCAUGCGGAAAUAUACAGGAGUGAAGCACCCUGGGAUAAUUACACUUAUUUGGAGGAAACAAAAGAUGGUGAGACGUAUAUCUUGAAAGAUAAAAGCUAUAAAACAUUGAUACCAUUGAGUUGGAAUUAUAGAAACGAAGAGGAAAAGAAAAUGGUGGUGCAGAACAUUAAUAAUGCAUUGUCCAGAUUGGGAUAUCCAAAAACGCAUCCGGUGAGGAAGAAAAUUUUAUUAGAAAAGAAAGUGGAACCAAAGGAGAAUGAAAAGGAAAAGGAAAAGGAAAAGGAAAAGGAAAAGGAAAAAGAGGAAAAAGUGGUGGGAUUAGGUAUUGGGAUUAGAAGUAGAAGUACGUCUCCACAGAAAGAUAGCAGUCGAUCUCCUCUUUCACCCCAAUCUCCUCCCCCGUCAAGAUUAACCAAUGGAGAGAAGAAAUCACAGAAGAAGAUUAAUAAAAAUGCUUCAGCUUCCAAGAUCGAACAAGAACGAGAAAAGGUGACGCUUAGUAACACCAGGAAAGACAAUCUCGAACCUGUAUCAAGAUUGAAAACAUCUUCGCCCGCACCUGUACCAGCACCUACAUCCACAUCUACAUCCACAUCUACAUCUACACCUAAACCUAAACCUACGCUUGUGCCUGUAUCCACGCAUUUGCAUUCUCACUCUACUUUCAAUGCACCUAGCAAGGAAAAAACCAAGAUGAAGAAACCAGCUACUGAUGGCAACAGUAAUGUGGUUACUAAAAGUAGUAGAUCAGCUACUCCCUGUUCAAUUGAAAAGAGUGAGGUAUCCCAUACUCCACAUCAGCAACAGAAGCACGACGAAAAGUAUUAUCGAAACCUAGCUGUACUGUUUAAGGAAAAGUAUAGGGAAUACUCUCACUUAUACAACAAAUUGAAAAAGACUAGUGGUAAAGAGCAAAGUCACUCUGAGAACAAGGCAAAUUUGAUCAAGUUAGUUGAGAUGCACAAUUUAUUACGUGAAUGGAAAGGAAGGUUAUGGGACUAUGACCGAAAAAUCAGAGAAGUAAAGAAACGGAAAGUUGUGCAUUAUUGA